AUGCAGACACAUUCUAUGUUGGGUCCAAAGCUUCAGGUGCCGCUGUGUCGUCCAGAAUCUGAGGGACUGUGGUACCUGGGGAUCACGCGCCCUCUCACGUAUCCAGCGCGGCAGAACGGGCAACUCAUGGCCAAGAUGAUUGUGGGCGUAUGGCUGGUGUCUGCCUCCAUCACACUGCCCCCAUUCUGUGGCUGGGCGAAGAACGUCCACACUGCCGGAGUGUGCCUCAUCAGCCAGGACUUUGGAUACACCAUCUACAGCACAGCAGUUGCCUUCUAUAUCCCCAUGCUGGUAAUGCUGGUCAUGUACUACAAGAUCUUCAGGGCGGCCCGUAAGAGCGGGGCAAAGCACCGCUUCACUGACCUGUCCCGGCGCGAGCGCCUGGAAACAGUGACUAAUGAGGCGCUGCGGAUGCAGGGCCUGAAGCCCCCCGGGGUGGCCGAGGACUGCGCUGCUCUGUCCCGCCUCUUGACCCGUGAGCGCAAAAACAUCUCCAUCUUUAAGCGUGAGCAGAAGGCCGCCACUACUCUGGGGGUGAUCGUGGGGGUGUUCGCCGUGUGCUGGCUCCCCUUCUUCAUCCUGUCCACAGCGCGGCCCUUCAUCUGUGGGGUGGAGUGCAGCUGCGUGCCCAUCUGGCUGGAGCGCACGCUGCUCUGGUUGGGCUACGCGAACUCCCUCAUGAACCCUUUCAUCUACGCAUUCUUCAACCGAGACCUGCGCUCCACGUACCGUGACCUGCUGCGCUGUCGCUACCGCAACAUCAACCGCCGCCUGUCUGCUGUGGGCGUGCACGAGGCGCUCAAGGUUUAA